AUGUAUAUAUUCCGGGGCUUGCGGUCCGAAUAUCGUCCUUUGGUGGCGUCGCUAACAAGGGGUGCUACGGUGUCUCUGCCCGAGCUAUCCGAUUUUCUUGUUUCGCAGGCUUUUAUAUGUUCCGAUGAUGCUGGUGAUGUUGCUGCUGCUCCGGUCGCCAUGGCGGCUCAGUGCGGUGGAGGCCGUUCGGGCGGGCAGCAGCGUGGAGGUGGCAACCGCGACCGUGGUCGUGGCAAAGGGCGUGGCCGUGGUCGAGGUGGUGCCGGGGCUGUCCAGUGUCAGAUCUGCUCCGGCGAGGGCCAUUCGGCCACUUCGUGCUAUCGCCGGUACGAAGCUCCGGGGCCGAGACCGCAUGUUGCGUAUCCCGUGGACGAUACGGCUUCGGUUAGCACUCAGCAAUGGUUUCCCGACACUGGUGCGUCAAAACAUGCCACCCCAGAUCCGUCUUUGAUGUCCUCGGCAGUCUCCUAUAACGGUCCGGAUCAUCUUCGUGUUGGUGACGACGAGUACCUUGAUUGA